GGGAAUUCGGAUCGUGAAUGCAGUGAUCCGGAAAGGGGCUAUACAGGGGCAGUAAGUAAGGGUCCGGUCCUCCGAUCGAUCGGCGCCAUGCCCGGGAACAGGCUGCCAACGCUACUUAUAGGAGGAGUGGCAGUUGGUUUCCUUGCCCCUAUAGCAUAUACUAGUACGCUGGCCAAUCGCUAGGACCGACCCCCCAAAAUGGCUAUCCAAGAAACGCAGACAGCCGUCAUCCAGUCCGGCGACCGUUCCACUGCCUUGCUUCCGUUGAAGGCCUCUACGGUUCCAGUUCCUAUUCUCCCGUCCGAACACCAUGUCUUGGUACGAGUCCUCGCCGUGGCCCUCAAUCCGACCGAUCACAAGAUGGUGCGGCACUUCCCCAACCCUGGGAACAUGGUUGGGUGCGAUUUCUGUGGCGUCGUCGAGCGUUCGGUUCCGGGGUCCGAGGCGGCUACCACUUUCCCGAUAGGCACCCGAGUCUGCGGCGGGGCGUUCCCAUACAGCCCUGCCUCGCCGAUCAACGGUGCCUUCGCCGAGUGGAUAGCAGCCGAUGCACGAUUGCUUCUCCGAGUGCCCGAUACCAUGGAUGACCUCCAGGGUGCUGCGCUGGGCGGAGUAGGCUGGGGCACCGCAGGACUAGCGUUUUUCGAUCCUGGCGCUCUGAACUUGCCGGGUCGGCCCUCCAACCCAGCACCGGGGACCGAGCCGGUUCUCGUCUAUGGAGGCACCACGGCCUCGGGUACGAUGGCCUGCCAGGUCCUUAAGUUGUGCGGUUACCGGCCUAUUGCCGUAACAUCGACCAAAUCGGCGCCGAUGGCAAUCGAGUACGGCGCGAUCGGCACGGCUGCGUACACGUCGGCCAAGUGCGCCGAGGAGAUCAAGGCGCUCGCGGGGGGCAAGCCUAUCCGGUACGCAAUGGACUGCAUCACGACGGCGGAGUCGGCGGCGACGUGCUUCGCGGCGAUGGCGCGGACAGGCGGGCGCUACGCAUGCCUCGAAGGGCUGCCGCAGGCGGCGCGCACGCGCCCGUCGAUCCGGAUCAAGGAGGUGAUGGGGUUCGAGGGGCUAGGCUUCGACGUCAACCUCGGCGACUCGUCCUACUCGCGCGUGGCGAACCCGGAGCUAUUCAAGGUCACGGCACAGUGGACGGCGGAGAUGCAGAAGCUCGUUGACGCCGCAAAGCUCAAGACGCAUCCGAUCCGCGAGGUGCCUGGGCGGUGGGACGGCAUCAUCCAGGGGCUGGCGCUGCUCGAGAGCGGCGACGUUAGGGGUAAAAAAUUGGUCGUCCGAAUAGUAACUAGAUGAUCAAGUUUGGGGUUGGAUCUAAUUGAUGUGUAUUUAUUGUAGGGAGUUAAGGCAUAACUAAUCCCGAAUACCUGUCUCAUUCUAAAAGGGCU